CAGCAGCAGCCUGACAGACGGACAGAGGCACAGCGAGCGGCAGCAGCUACCGCGGGACGCACCAGCAGGGAGACACCUUCUUCUCUUUAUUUAUUUAUUUAUUUGUUGUUUAUUUGUUAGUGUGGGGGGAGGUAUUUAUUAGUAAGAUGAACGGGAUAACGAGGAGUUUGUGCACGAUCGAGGACAUCAGAAACCAAGAUGCUGAGGGCUGCAGGCGACUCCGGCUCACGCUCCACGACCAGAGAGAGGCAGCUCUGAGGUCGGAGCAGCACACAGACAAGCCAAUCGACCGAGCUUUUGCUCUGGUGCAGCCCGCCAGCAACAAGACCCUUCUGAACCCCGAACCGGUCAAAUCCACAGAGAAGCAGGUGGAGAUCAUAAAGGUGUAUCUAGAGGCCCGCAAACAAGAGCAGCAGACCCAGCAACAGAGCCUGAAGAUGUUGUCAGAUGAAGUGUCACAGAUACAGGAGGUGAGGUACUGCCUGAAGUCUCUGAGGGAGCAGAUGGCGUCUAAAAACAAGCCGCACACAAACGGGUGGAAGGUCAGCAUUCCCUUCAGAAAGAACGGCUCGUCCGCUCCCAAAGGCGGAUCCAAAACCGACGGGCAGGACGCAGACGAUGAAGCAGAGAGAGACAAGCUGAGAGAGGUCAGCAAGCGUUUGUAUGCACAGCUGCACGAGGCGGAGAGGAAGCACCAGGAGGAGAGGGAGAGGCUGCAGGCUGAAGGCAGCAGGCUCAGGGAGCGUCUGAGCGAUAGGGAGGAGAAGUUACGGACCACGGAAGAGGCCGGCGAGAGGAAGGACAAACGCAUCGAGGAGCUGCAGAGGCUGCUGGGAGGGAUGGAGCAGGAGAGCGCCACCCUGAGAGAAACCAUCCGAAACCGCGAGGACGAGCUGCACGAGCUGAGGAGGAUCAGAGAGGAGGGUCACACGGGGCAGCAGAGAGCUGGACAGCUGGAGACGGAGGUGGCCAUUCUCAAAGAGAAGAUCCACCAUCUGGACGACAUGCUGAAAAGCCAGCAGAGGAAAGUCCGACACAUGAUCGAGCAGCUCCAGAACUCCCGCAUGGUGAUCCAGGAGCGCGACCGCGUGAUCAAGGAGCUGGAGGAGAAGGUGGCGUUCCUGGAGGCUGAGAAUCGAGAGAUGCGUGACCAGAUGGACUACUACCUGGGAGGGCAAAGGUCAAGCUCCUACCUGUCGGAGCGCAACGCCCAGAUUGUUUACAGCAAACCGCUCAAGCCGUCCAGCUCCUCCAACAAGCCACUUCCUUACAUCAAAGUCAUCGAGAUCAAGUCAUGAGGGAGCCGCUCGGAGGCGCCGGAGACGCAGAACCAUUCCGACAGCAGCUCCCAGAUCCGAGCUGAGCCUUCCUACAACUUUCACUGCUCAUCUGGAGAGUCUGAAGCGAGCCCGCUCUUGCAGGAAGCACGACUGUGUGUGUGUGUGUGUGUGUGUGUGUGUGUGUGUGAGGGGGGGGGGGGGGGGGGGGGUCCUUACGGUAGAUAUGUACUAGUGUGCUUUCAUGUCUGACUCGUAAUUCUGCCAGUUUCUCCUUGUUCUGAUCUGUUGAUGAUGUCAUAGUAACCGUUGCACCAAGGCUACUGACGUAGCAUCAGAAUGCUGUUGCUGUUGCUGACCUCCCCGUCGGGACAGGUCGCGACUCCAUUACUGUGUCCUGGUUCUGGUCGGGCACUCGGCAUUAACGGAGCGGGAUGUCAUUAAUUAUAAUAAUUAGGAUUUAAUGAAAGCGUCCUCUGAUCCUGUGAUAAUGACUCGUUGUGAAACUGUGAGGAAGCAGAAGGAAAGCUUACAUUUCACUUUACUGUAAAUAAGAUUCAUGAAUGUGAUCGGAUGUUUGAGUUUCUAACAACCCUGUCCUUUGUAUUUAUUUAUAAUAAUAUUAACAAUGAUAAUAAUUAAAGCCUACUGACUGUUUGGUAGAACAACUUUUUGUAUGAAGUACAUUUUGACCUGUUUUCUGUGGAUUUUCAGAAUAAAAGCUUAAAAUAUUUCA